GCUUGAGAAACGGAGUCACCACAAGUUCAAAGUGAACGGCGAAUACUUGGUUGUUGAACAGGUUCAUGGAUAAAACUAUGUGUGGCGCUCCGGUGGAUUUAUCUUUCAGAUGCCUCAAUAGGCUGACAGACGCUUGGAUAGAGACUCCCAGCAGUGGUCUACGACCUUUAAAGAAAAACAUAGAAAGGAAAUACCUCAGCUGCUCCCUGCGCCUCAGUAACAACAGCAUCAGUCACCUGUGCGGCCUCCAUGAGACGUUGAGCCAUUUCCUGGCUGAACCAUUACGCCUCGCCUGGCUCGACCUGUCGUUCAACAAACUUACACAUAUAGAGGAGGUUCUGAGUGAACUGCUUGGACUCCGUGUGUUAUAUCUUCACGGAAACAACAUUCAUACUCUAUCAGAGGUAGACCUGCUGGGUGGGCUUCCCCAUCUAUACUCCAUCACUCUACAUGGAAACCCGAUAGAGAAAAACAAGACCUACAGGGAUCGUGUGAUUUCUGUGUUGCCUCAACUAAAGACGAUGGACUUCAGUGCGGUGACGCAGGAGGAGAGAGUCCUGGCUAAGCUUUGGUAUCAGAGCAACAACCGCUGCAGAGACACCAGGAAGAGUCUCCACUGAAUGGUAGAGCGUGUGGAAAUCAGAACCCACACUAAAUGCUGCAGUUCACCAAUGGAAAAGUUCACAAUUAUAGUAAUUCAAAGUGGUAUCAGACUUGUUCUUACUAAAAUGUCAUUUCUUGUUUUAUACUUCUAUGGUUAUGGUAAUAUCUAUAUAAUUUGUAGUACCGUAUAUUAAUCUAAGAAGGGCAGGUUUUAUGGAGAAACCCAUUUCUUACACAGCAGGAUUUGGUGCAUGCUCACACUGUUAAAGGCGAUAACUGGUUUAGCAGCCAUAAAAUCGCUGUGCUUUUAAACAGUAGUCUAGGAUCUUGUAGCCAUAAUCAUCAAAACAAGAAAUCUGUGUAUCAGUUUGCAUAAUGGAUCUAUGCAAUAUCAGAGUAUAAAUUUGAGUAAAACAACAAAUAACAUUUUGAAUGUUCUUCUAAUUAUUGAAAUACCUAUAAAAAAUGUUAAA